AUGGUUGUGUGUUUAAAAGUAGCUGUGAUAUUAUUCACCGGGAUUUGUAGCAUAACUUGCGCCGGCUCUUCGGCCAAGAAACCCCUGUACAUUGGCGGUCUUCUCCCACUGUCGGAAGCCGACGGUUGGAGUCGUUUCUUCGGGUACAGCGCCAAGGUUGGGGCUGAGCUGGCAGUGAUUGACAUCAACAAUAGAAGCGACGUGCUGCCGGACUACAAUCUCGUCUUGGAUAUAUCUGAUUCUGAGGCAGACCAAGCGGUAGCCCUGAAUCGCCUAUACGAGCUACUCUACUCUCCACCCGUCAAGGUAGCCAUCUUUGGACCACUUCUCUCCGGCACGACUGAAAUUGUGGCACAGGUUAUUGCCAAAUGGGACAUCAUUCAGAUGUCUCCUGGUGCAUCCACACCAGUUCUUACCGACCGAGUCAAGUAUCCACACACCUACCGUACACUCACAUCGUCAGCUGCUUUCGCUGCCGCGGAACUCCAGAUUAUUCACAAGUUCGGUUGGACGAAGAUUGCAACAUUCCACCAAGCACGAGAACCUCACAUAGGGAGAACGAACGAGUUUCUUAAAUUGGCAGCCUCUGAUGAGAACAUCUCUGUUGUCAGCACAGAGACGUUCUACAACGAUCCUCUUGAAGCAUUGCAGCGUCUUAAGACAAAAGACGUGCGCAUUAUUGUAACGAGCUUCUUUGAAGAAAAGGCCAGGAAGAUUUUCUGUGAUAUUCUAAAAUUGGAACUCUACGGCGCCAACUACGUCUGGAUCAUGCCAGGGUACUUCGAUGACGAGUGGAAGGCCAAAGUCGAUGAGGAAAUCGACUGUUCCGUUGAUGACCUUAAGCGGGCAACAGAGGGCUACCUGACCGUCACAUACAGCUUCUACGGCGUGGGGACAAAUGUUGGUCGAUGUGGAAAGACGCCAGAAGAGUUUCGCCGAGAAAUGGCAGAUGCUCUCGGGUACAAUGUGAGCGUAGCAACCCGUGGUUCGGCUGCCCUUGGCUACGAUGCCAUAUGGUCCCUGGCCAUGGCCAUGCAUGAGGCGGAGGCCAUACUGUCUCGUAGUCUGGACUCGUACCAGUACGGCGACGAGGAGUACGCACGGGUGGUGGGACAGAACAUUCUCGGGCAAAGUUUCGAUGGGAUGUCGGGUCGCGUAGUUUUUCACGAGGGUGGCUACCGGAUCGGCAAUCUUCUAAUCGAGCAAAAUAUCGGCGGCAAUGAAGAGUUGGUGGGAACCUACAAUAAUAUCGAUGAUGAAGUCAGCUGGCAUAUUCCCACAGAUAACCUGUGGUAUUAUAAUGGAGGAAGGCCUCCAUACGACUCUGACGUCACAAAGAAGGUCGAUGACCUCCAGUCUACACCCAUAGCUAUCAUGGUCGUCGUGUCUAUACUGGUUGCCAUGGGAAUGAUUCUCUCUCUGAUGUUUCUGGCUUUCAACUUCUGGAAGCGCAAAAACAGACAGAUCAAGAUGUCCAGCCCCAGGGUGAACAACCUCAUCGCAUCGGGAAUCAUGCUAGCUUAUCUGUGUGUCGUGCUCCUAGGCGUCGAUCGAUCUAUGGUUGAUAUUGAUGCAUUGCAAACGAUUUGCAGGGUUCGUUCGUGGCUCAUGCCUGUGGCUUUUACACUAGCCUUUGGUGGGAUGUUCACCAAGAUGUGGCGGGUGUACAGCAUCGUCAUCGCAAACAAGACAAAACGAAAGGUGAUAAAAGAUCGCCACCUGGUUGGUAUUAUCGCCAUUCUCUUAUUGGUUGACUUUGCUAUCCUCGUCCCGUGGCAGAUCAUCGAUCCCAUACAUAUCGAGGAGAUACGGACCCCCGUACCACAGACCAAAGAAGAUAAAGCCAACUACACCAAGCACGAAUUGCUGUACGUCAACUGCACGUCCUUUAACAACACCAUUUGGACCAUGGCGAUGCUCAUCUACAAGGCGUUUGUCGUGGUGUUUGGUGCCUUUCUCGCGUGGUCCACAAGGAAUGUGAAAGUGUCUGGUCUGAAUGACAGUUAUUACGUAGGUCUGUCAAUCUACAACACCGUCAUCUGCUGUGUCGUUGCUGUGCCGUUAUCGUUCCUUGCGGUGUCCUCCAUCGGCGUGACCUUUGCCCUCGUUUCCGGUUUUCUGCUGUUCUGCAUUACUGCGUCACUCUGCAUGCUUUUCUUCCCAAAGGUGAUCGCAGUUUAUCGCAAGAAUGCAAUCGAAGACGAGACUUUCACCGGGAUACGGUUCAACACUACCAUAUCGGCACCCAGACCGCCAAAGGGGACUGACAUACCAUCGACCAGCGCCCAGGUAGAGUCAAGAAGUACAGCACAGUAGCAACAGUUCAUCGUCAGGGACACUUGAACUC